CGCUUUUAUUUAGUUUCCGCGGCAACUCUGGACGACCGAAAACUUGUUUUGAUGCGUUCUAAAAAUACAAAGUUUUGUAUAAAAUAUCUUCGACUAAUAAAUAAAUCGGAGCGUUGUUUAACAAUUAACUAACAAAAAAAUGGCCGAGGACGGUGUGCUAAACACACCCCUGCCGAGCGAAGGGGGCGGUAGUCGCAGGGUGGCAUUUGCCGCCCCAAGAAAACAUCAUCCAGAUUCUUUAUCUGUGAGGUCCAGUGUGAAAUCUCCGACCCCCACGUAUGGCAGAAGAGCCUCGGUGUUCAUUUUUGAACACCUCUCGGAUAUGAAGGACGCCGGCUUGGGCAUAGGGGAGAAAUUCAACUUAUGGAUCUACGGAAAAAUGCGAUUCUUAAGCAGAAAAUGGUUCACUCACUGUUUCUUGAUCGUCGUGAUGAUCCUGUACACCGUCGGUGGUGCCGUAUUAUUUUUAACCAUCGAAGGCCAAAACGAAACCACCCUAAUAGAGCGCGACAUGAAGUUACAAGUGAGACAUCUGCUGGAGGAGAUCAGGACGAAAUCACUCACCGCUCCCGAAGAGUUUUCGGAAAAGGAGUGGAUCGGGGCUGCGGCCAGGACCAUCAUCAAGUUCGAAGCGAAGAUCACUGACGCCUACAGACACCAUCCGUUGGUCGUAUCCCAUACCAGCGGCAGAGUCUGGACCAUAUGGAAUUCGAUCGUUUAUUGUGCCACCCUAUAUACCACAAUAGGUUAUGGCCAUCUAUAUCCGACGACGUUCACCGGCCGCGUACUGACCAUGGUAUAUUCCACAAUAGGCAUUCCAUUAUUCCUUAUAGUGCUUACCGAUUUCGGUAAGCUGUUCACCAGAGGAAUUAAAUUUGGAUGGUCCUAUAUUAGGAGAUUUUACUAUACGAGGAGUUGUCGACGGGUCAGGCGACAAAGUCAAGUUGAGCACAUAAUUAAAGGAGCUCAAGUGAUGUACGAGUACGCGACUUUUCGACGGAUGUCCUUAUGGGGUGAUCCACCGAAAGACCCAGAAAACCCAUCGACCCCAUCGAUGUACUUGAGCGAACCCCAAACGCCCGCUCUAUCGGCAUUUGAAAUCGACGAUGAGUUUAAUUUACCGAUUACCCUGGCACUCAUCAUACUGGUGGCCUACAUGCUUAUAGGAGCCGCGGUCUUCAUGGUAUGGGAACACUGGGACUUUUUCCCCGCAUUUUAUUUCGUGUUCAUCUCGAUGUCCACGGUGGGUUUCGGGGAUAUCGUGCCGGAGAAACCCGCUUAUAUGAUCCUGUCGAUUGUUUAUUUGUGUUUUGGACUCGCGUUAAUGUCCAUGUGCUUCAAUGUUGUUCAGGAUAAGUUGAGUGAUACGUUUAAUAAUGCUUCGGCUAGGAUUAGCAAGACCCUUGGGGAGGAUAAUGAUGAUGCCGAAGAUGCGGGUGAUAAAGAUGAUGAUGUUAAUGAUGGUGGUGAUAAAAAAAGUGAAGGGGAGGAUAAGGAGAAGCUUAUCAAUGGUGAGGUUGAAGGGUUUAAGGUGCAAAUAGAGCAGUCACCAUUUGAUUUUUCGACUGCCAAGUAUGCAAGAUAGCAUUAAAAUUUUAUGCACUUUGGUGAUUCAAGGCUGUUGUGUUCUCGUAAAGCUUAUUCAAUUUUUAUUUUAUUAUUUACAAUGACCAUUUUUUUAAUAAACGUACUUAUGUAUA